AUGAGCUACACCACUGUUCUCAGAGCCGGCAUUCCCAAAAUCCACAGGGAGCUAUGGGACGAGCUCCGUGUCCAGGCCAUGGCCCUGACGCCGCCGAAUGGCCAUGUCAUGCCCAUCAGCAACGCCUUCUCUGCCAUCUGCGGGAUCCUCUGGUCGGCGUCGUACGUCUUGCUCACGCUGCGUGCCUUCCGCGAUCGCUCUUACGGCAUGCCCAUCUUCGCACUCUGUCUCAACAUCACGUGCGAGUUCAUCUACGGCUUCAUCUACCCUCCCGACCCCUUCAACACCAUCAUCUUUGCCGGCUGGGCCAUUAUUGACGUGUUCCUCUUCAUUGCCACAUUGCGAUAUGGAAAGCACGAGUGGCGCCAUGCCCCCAUGGUGGCGAACAAUCUAGGUGCCAUCAUCGUCUUCCUCGGCACACCCGUCGCCUUUUGGUUGCAGAUGGCCUUUGCGAGCGAGCUCAUCCCCGUCAUCGGGCGACAAAUCGUGUGGUAUGGCACGGGGCCCGUGCAGAUCAUCCUUAGCCUAGGCGGCGUGAUGCAGCUUGCAUCGAGGCAUCAUACGCGAGGCCACUCAUUGCACAUCUGGUGGACACGCGCCGUCGGGACCUUGGCUGCCAACGCUUGCUUUCUGUAUCGGGCAGUCGAGUGGCCCGAGAGAUUUGGUUAUGCUGCUGGACCGAUUUCCCUGUUCUACAUGGCGGCAGCAACCUUGAUUGACAUUCUCUACAUUCUUACAUACUAUAUGGUGAAGAAUUACGAAUCCAAGGUUGCGCAAGAGGCCAAGGAGGAGGCUGUCGGGAGGAAGAAUGAAAAAGGUCGUAAGAUUUAG